CUCAGGUGAGAGUGACGGUCGCGGAAUCUACAACACACAAAAUCGAAACCGAAACAGUCGGCGCGCGACAUUCGAGCGAUUCGCAGUUCGAGCCCCGGAAAAGACGCUUGCGUAUCUCUCUGGGUGCUCGAUUUUAUAUCGUAAUAACGAUCCGCGAUUCUCGAGAAUUUAGAUUUGCACAAAAACAGGUGAGAACCUGCAUAAAAAUUGACAAAAUCUAAUGGCAAACGAAGUUGUAGUGGUUCCUCUUAGGAAAGUUGUUUUUGACGUUGUUUUGAUACAAUUAGUGGGGUGGCCUAUAUUGUUCCUGUUCCUCUGGGCCAAACCUUUUCACAGGGGAUUCUUUUGCGAAGAUGACAGCAUACGACAUCCCUUUCACGAAUCCACCGUGCCGAGCUGGUCUUUGUAUAUCACGGGUUUUGGGUUGAACAUCAUCACUAUGUUACUGACAGAAAUCCUCAACAGGCCCAUCAACGACGGCAAAACUUUCUAUUUCAUGGGAAGAAACAUUCCUUAUUGGGUGUACAACGCCUAUUGCGCCAUCGGCAUGAUGGCCUUUGGUGCCGCUUGUUCACAACUAACAACUGACGUAAUGAAAUACACUAUUGGAAGACUGAGGCCUCAUUUUUACACGGUUUGCCAACCGAGUAUAGACUGCACCCUGGCCAGCAAUCAAAAUGUUUAUCACACAAAUUUUUCAUGUACGAAUCCGUCUUAUAUGUACAACAAAAGGGUGAUGAAGGAAAUGAGGCUUUCGUUUCCAUCGGGACAUUCUUCCUUUUCUAUGUUUACUAUGACUUAUUUUGCGAUAUAUCUUCAAAAACGUAUGACGUGGGACGGCUCGAAACUCCUCAGACACACUCUCCAAUUCUUAGCGGUGCUCUCGUCAGUUUUCACAGCAAUGACCAGAGUAUCUGACUACAAACAUCAUUGGAGUGACGUUUUAUGCGGUCUACUUCUUGGCAGCAUCGAAGCAAUCAUAAUUGCACGAUUUUUCUCUACACUAUUCUCAUCAGACAGUACCGAGUCCUCAGAGCAUUCCGAUUUAAAUGGACACGGGAACAAUAGGACCACAGCUGUAGGAGUUUGAAAAUUAGAGACCAAUCAAUGUGGAUAAUAUUAGAUCAUUUCAGUAAUAAUUAAAUUAAAAAGACAAUAAAUUAAAAAUGAUCUAAUAUUCAAUACUGCCAAUGAGUAUUUUUGUGUUGGACAAACUGUAUAUGAAAAAUAAAAAUACCCCCUUUUUCCAAAUGCUGUGAUCCUCAAAAUGGAAAUUUUUGUUCUCAAUUUAGUGAAUUUUCUACCCCAUUUUACUACCUAAAUAUAAUGCAUUUAAAUUGUCGCUUUAAAUGUGCUUUUGCAAUAAUUGAAUUGUUUUUAAAUUAUGAUAACUACAAGUACUUAUUAUUUAUAUUUAUUUAUUAGGUAAAUUUAUCAAGCCUAUAGUGAAAACAAUAUUUGUAAAUUU